GCGACGCACAGCACUCUGAAGAACAUCCCACACACUCACCAACAACAAUGGCAAUCCGUUGCCUGUUUUGGUAACACAUUUCCUAUAGGAGCACCAAGGGUUUGAAGCUGUGUUCAUUCCUGAUAUACCUCCCUAAAUUGCCGCGCUAAUUCUAAGUACCUGUGUGUUCGUUUGUGACUACAUUUUCGCUGUAUUUUUUUUUUUUUUUCCAUACCGAAAAUGUGCAAGGCGCUCACACGGGCUGUGCAUGUGUGUCCCUGCUGCUUUUCUGCUGGGCUACUGCUGCUAACCUAGCUGCUUCUUUUUUUUUACACGGUGGUUAGCCUCCGUUAGCCCCGGCCGCGUUUACUAACUGGUAAAAGAAACUAAAGAUACAGACGAAUGUAAAGCUUGUUCGCGCUGUUUGGUUGACUAAAAACAGCACCAAACUAAUCGCCCGUUGUCGCUCUCGGGUAAGGAAAUAAGUGUUGUAUGAUUUGUCGUGGAAGACACUUUGCUGGCUAGCUAAUAGGCUAGCUGUUUGAUUGUGUUCGUCGACCGAGGAAAACGGCGAGUUUUCUUUGAGAGUAUGGAUGAUCAGACCAGGAUGCUGACGGGUCUCACCGGACUCGGUGGACUACCGCAGCCCGAUGUCGGUGAUCCGGACUCGGUCCGGAAACAACAGUCCCUCGGUCAGCCGCAGCAAGACAUUGGGGAUAUUCUACAGCAAAUAAUGGCCAUCACCGACGAAAGCCUGGACGAAGCACAGGCCAGAUCCUGGCCAGAGGAAUCGCCAGCGCAUUGGGGUGGAUCAGACGACCCCACAGAGGGAGGGAGAGCAGGGGGGGGCAUGGCAGGGGGUGGACUGCCACUCAACUUCCAGCACAGGAAGCAUGCCCUGAACUGUCACAGAAUGAAACCAGCACUCUUCAGCGUUCUUUGUGAGAUCAAAGAAAAGACAGUCCUGAGUAUACGAGGUGUGCAGGAAGAAGACCCUCCAGACCCCCAAAUUAUGAGGUUGGACAACAUGUUGCUUGCAGAGGGAGUAUCAGGCCCAGAGAAAGGCGGAGGAUCGGCUGCAGCAGCCGCAGCUGCAGCCGCAGCAGGGGGCUCACCUACCGACAGCAGCAUUGAACACUCCGACUACAGAGCCAAACUUGCCCAAAUCCGUCAGAUAUAUCAUUCAGAGCUGGAGAAAUAUGAACAGGCCUGCAGCGAGUUCACCAACCAUGUAAUGAACCUGCUGAGGGAGCAGUCUCGCACACGGCCCAUCUCUCCCAAGGAGAUUGAACGCAUGGUGGCCAUAAUCCACCGUAAAUUUAGCUCCAUUCAGAUGCAGCUCAAACAGAGCACCUGUGAGGCGGUUAUGAUUUUACGCUCACGCUUCCUCGAUGCCAGACGUAAGAGGCGCAACUUCAACAAGCAAGCAACAGAAGUGCUGAACGAGUAUUUCUACUCCCACUUGUCUAACCCCUACCCUAGUGAGGAAGCAAAGGAGGAACUGGCCAAAAAGUGUGGGAUCACUGUAUCUCAGGUGUCUAAUUGGUUUGGCAACAAGAGAAUACGCUAUAAGAAGAACAUCGGUAAGUUCCAAGAAGAAGCGAACCUGUACGCAGUUAAAACGGCGGUGGAUGCUGCAAAUGUGUCAGCGCAAGCCAGUCAGGCCAACUCUCCAGCAACACCCAACUCAGGUGAUACCUACCUUGGCCAACGCUCCCUCAAUGGUGAGGGUCUCAACUUUACCCCCUCUCUACAUCUGCAGGUGGAUACCCUGCACCGUGCUACACACCUGACGGGCGGCUAUGAGGAGUUGUCAAGUAGUGGCCUCUUUACCCCUCAUCGCCUGGAUGCUAACAGCUGGCAGGACACCACCAACCCGCCCUUGGUAACCUCCCCUCCUGGUCCACCUGGCAGCGUCCACUCCGACACCUCCAACUGAUGUGGCGGCUUUCUCUGCUGCCUUCUCAUUCCUACUGUGGUCUGAAU